AUGGCCCAACGGCCAACUCUGCUCGACUUGCGCUCCAAGUCGAGCUCCUCCAACAUGACUAGCGCUUCGAAACCCCUUCGGUCGCCUCGCCUUCACGUCGCCGGCGAGAUCCCCCCCGAGCUCUCGCCCCUCGAUGCCUUCGCCCUUCAGAGUCGCCUGCUCGCGCGUCAAUUGAAAGAGAGCGACAACGCUGGUCGACGGAUGAGCCGCUUGCCUCCUCUCACCACCGAGAGUCCACUCGUCAUGCAAGGUCGCUCAGACUACUUCCGCUCCAUGUCCCAGGAUGGCAUGUCGGAAGCCAGCCAGUCGCCUGAACCCCUGGACAGAGGGCUUGGCCUGAUGCCAGAAGUGGAAGAGAACCUACAGCGACCAAUGUCGAUGCACCCGCGCAUGAGCCGCAUUCCCCCGACUCCCGACGAUGGCAUACCGCUGCCGCCACAGCCCAUGCUCGACCAAACCCGUGGACGAACGCUGAAUCACAUUCGAGAAGACUCGACGAACUUUGGGGCCAGGAGGGAAGAGUCGCCGACGCCGAUGGAGUCCGCGCAACUGGACGAGCCGUCAAGCUCCGUAGUGCCAUCGCCGCGCAAGGACACGGCCGCAUCCCUCCCGAUGCCAUCCUCAUCCAAUUCUCUGGUCGCUUCGCCUGAAAAGAUGCCGAAGAAGCACUCCUUCGACGGACCAGGUCUAGCGCCACCGCGACCCAUGUUUGUCAAGCGGCCUUCAGCAUCCAGCACCAUGUCUUCUCCUCUGGUACCAACUGACGAAGACGGUGUCAUGAGCUCCUCCUUCCAUUCGCUGCCACAUCGCAAGCUGUCCAGCGGCAGCGCCAUGUCUAGUAUGGCCGCCGUGUCUCCAGCUGUCACCUCUUCACACUACCAAAGAUCACCGUCUAUCAGCUCUGACAUCUCUGUUGCGCUACCACGGCCGUCAUUCAACUUUUCGAGGCCACUCAGUCGAGCAGGAACGCCUGGUCCUGAGACACCAUCGCGUCAGGCCUCGUCAGACACUCAGGCAUCUUUCGUCUUGGCAGAUGACACAGCGAAUACGCCAAUCAGCAUGAAUAGCGAAGGCUUCCCGGAUACCCUGACUGAUGACGGUAAAUCUGCAGCAACCAUGGAGCGCAAUGCACUUGGCUACAGCCGUCGCCAAACCAAGUCGACAUCAACUGAGAGCAGCCGCGCCUCUGAGGACGAGACCAGGGGCCGCCCCUUGACCUCCCCUCUGCACGACAGUGCCAGAUUAAAGACGGCCGUCUCAAUCGCCACUUCUGACUCGGCUAGUACCGUCAAGCCGGCGAAGUCUUUACAUUCGAUUGCUCCCUCGGCCGCGGAUAUGACGGCUGAAGAACAUCUCGCCAAAGGUAUUGAGUGUCAUGAAAAUGGAUCUGUCAAUGAGUCCACCUACCACCUCCGACACGCCGCUAAACAGAAUCAUCCUACGGGCAUGCUUCUGUAUGCCCUUGCGUGCAGGCACGGAUGGGGCAUGCGCCCAAACCAACGCGAGGGAGUGGAAUGGUUGAGAAAGGCCUCUGAGCUCGUUAGCAACGAAAUUGCAGACGAUGAAGGCCAAGUCAAGCAAGGCAAGCAUGUCGAUGUCCUGGACAGAAAGACCCGGAAAGCUCAAUUCGCUCUCGCCGUGUACGAACUUGGCGUCAGUCAUAUGAACGGCUGGGGCAUCGAGCAAGAUAAAGUUCUAGCGCUCAGAUGCUUCGAAAUUGCUGGAUCCUGGGGUGAUCUUGACGCAUUGGCGGAGGCUGGCUACUGCUAUGCGCAGGGCGUUGGGUGCAAAAAAGAUUUGAAGAAAGCCGCCAAGUUCUACAGGGAGGCCGAGUCCAAAGGGAUGAGCAUGGUGGGAAACAGCUGGAUUCACAAGUCAAAAUAUAACGAUGACAGCAAAGAACUGAAAAAAGUUCGCAGCAAGUCAAGAACACGCAAUAUCUUCGGCAUCAAGACGGGUGGCUCAUAAGCUCCGCCAUCACUGCGCAAAUCUUUGUGCAACCAAACAGCCCGCCAUUUAACGGAUCACGAGGAAUCAACAUCGACAUAACCAUUACCAACAUACCCAGCAUCUAAGGAGUUUUCGGGCGUCAGUCACCUGCGGCAGGCUGUUGACAUUUGGAGUUACAUGUUUGGCGGUUGGGAGCUUUGAUCCGCCGUCAUUAUUGCCUUUAUCAAGGACAUCCACUAAACGAGCAAUAUCACAGAGCCCGUCGCUGUUGCGGACCAUGAGCGACUCUAGCGAGGGCUUCUGGCCUGUCUGUUCAGCGUUUCAUUUCCUGGGUUCCUCUUGCUACUUUGUCAUCAAACAUACCCCCUUUUUAUUUUUCUCUUUGUAGAUGGACCAUUUUAACUACAUUUUGGGGAGGCUAGUUCUCAUAAACCUCCGCGUUCUGCAUAAAGGAUUAUCAUGAAACAGGCAAAAGCCAGGCAAACGCCGAGAGUAAAUAGUAAUCCCAUAUAUGCCAAUGAUUCG